AUGCGGAUGUGUCUGUUCCUUCUGGGCUGCAGGACAGGUUUUUCUCUCUUCCACCACAGCAACACCACUGCAGGACUUACAAUCCCGUGGCGGCAUUUAGCUACAAUGAAGCUAGAGUCUCCGGAAUUCCAGUCCCUCUUCACACCAGGAUUGAAUAGCGUAGCAGAAUUAUUUGACAAAGCCAAGUAUGAACUAAGAAUAGCGGGAGGUGCUGUAAGGGACUUGCUCAAUGGAAUGACGCCACAAGAUGUUGACUUUGCCACCACUGCUACUCCGACUCAAAUGAAGGAGAUGUUCCAGACCGCCGGUGUCCGUCUGAUCAACAACCGAGGGGAAAAACACGGCACCAUCACUGCGAGGCUCCAUGAGGAGAAUUUUGAAAUUACCACAUUGAGAAUCGAUCUGAUUACCGAUGGGCGACAUGCAGAAGUGGAAUUCACAACUGACUGGGAAAAAGAUGCUGAAAGGAGAGAUCUCACAGUCAACUCCAUGUUCCUAGGCUUGGAUGGCACACUUUAUGAUUAUUUCAAUGGCUAUGAGGAUUUAAAGAACAACAAAGUCAGAUUUGUGGGACAUGCAGAUCAGAGAAUAAAAGAGGAUUAUUUACGAAUUCUACGAUACUUCAGGUUUUAUGGGAGGAUAGCAGAAAAGCCCGGUGACCAUGACUCCAAAACAUUGGAGGCAAUCAAAGAAAAUGCCAGUGGUUUGGCUGGAAUAUCAGGAGAAAGGAUUUGGAUGGAGUUGAAGAAAAUUGUUGUUGGGAACCAUGUCAAUCAUCUGGUUCGGCUGAUGUAUGAACUUGAAAUUGCUGGCUAUUUGGGAUUACCUGUUAAUGGGAGCUUAAAGGAAUUUGACACAGUCUGUAAAAAUGUUCAGAAUCUCUUUCCAAAACCAAUGACCGUUCUAACAUCACUGUUCAAGGUCCCGGAUGAUGUCUUGAAACUGGAUUUGAGGCUGAAAAUGUCAAAAGAUGAAAAAAAUCUUGGGCUGUUUCUGCUGAAGCACAGGAAGGACUUGGUCAAAGCUUCCGAUGCUGCUGAACCACUUAAACCUUAUCAAGACUACGUUUUAGAUUCAAGGGAACUGGAUGCAACAUCCAAAAUCUGUGAGCUUCUGAAGUACCAAGGUGAAGAACAUCUUCUGAAAGAAAUGCAAGGCUGGUCUAUCCCUACUUUCCCAGUAAGUGGCCAUGACUUAAGAAAAAUGGGAUUUUCUUCUGGGAAAGAAAUCGGGACAUUAUUACAGCAACUGCGGGACCACUGGAAAAAGAGUGGGUACCAAAUGGAUAAGGAAGAACUCUUGAGCUAUGUAAAGAAGGCAUAAAACAAAAC